GAUGGUGCUGAAAAAGGAGAGUGAAGUACUAGAUGAAAUGCAAGAAGAUCAGUAUAAGAAAGAGCAUGAUUUCAUAACUGGACAAAAAUCAAUUAGUUGCACUCAGACUUCCACAAAAAAAAGAGCUAAAAAGACUGGAACUAGAGAUCAUUACACCUGCCAGCACUGUGGAAAGAUUUUCAAUCAGCAUGGAAACUUUAAAGUCCACAUGAGAGUUCACACUGGAGAGAAGCCUUAUACAUGUCAACAGUGUGGAAAGAGUUUCGAUCAACAAGGAAACCUUAAAGUCCACUUGAGGACUCACACUGGGGAGAAGCCUUAUACAUGCAAACAAUGUGGAAAACAUUUCAAUGAACAUGGAAACCUUAAAGUCCACUUGAGGAUUCACAGUGGAGAGAAGCCUUUCACCUGCCAACAGUGUGGAAAAUGUUUCACUAAAAGAGGAACCCUCAAAAGCCACAUGAAUAUCCACACAGGCGAGAAGCCUUACACAUGCCCCUUGUGUGGAAACCGUUUCAGUCAACAAGGAAGUAUUAACAGGCACAUGAGAACUCACACUGGAGAGAAGCCAUACAUCUGCAAACUGUGUGGAAGGAGCUUUACAACAAAACCAAACCUUAGGUAUCACAUGAACAGUCACACUGGUGAGAAGCCAUUUACAUGUGAUCAGUGUGGAAAGAAUUUCAGACAUAAAGGAACCAUUAAAAAGCACAUGAUUAUUCACUCAAGAGCUCUCCCUCUCAGUUUUAUAUGUCAUCAGUGUAGAAUGAGUUUUACAGACAGUAAUCACCUUAAAAAUCAUGUCAAAUCUCACACUGGAGAGAAGCCUUUCAUGUGCAAUGACUGUGGAAAGACUUGCUCAAACAAGACAAAUCUAAAGAUUCACAUGAGAAUUCAUACUGGAGAGAAGGCUUUCACCUGUCCUCAGUGUGGAAAGAGUUUCAGAUUUAGAGGAAACCUUCGGACUCACAUGAGAGUUCACAGUGGAGAAAAGCCUUACACCUGCCUUCCAUGUGGAAAGAGUUUCACACUUAAAGGAAACCUUAACAUUCACAUGAGGCUUCACACUGGAGAGAGACAUUUCACAUGCCACGAGUGUGACAUGAGUUUCAAAUAUCAGAGAAACUUGAAAGAUCAUUUGCAAACUCAUUCUGGAAAGACACUGACAUGUUCUUCAGCAUGACAAGUUUUGAAAAAGGAGCAAUUAAAAAAAAAAAAAAAAAAAAUCACCUGCACAUUCACUCUGGAAGAAGGUGACAUAAUUUCUAAUAAUUUUGCCAUCACACAAAUACACCUGGAAAAAGUCGUGUAUGUGUGAGACCCUAUGUGUUCUUUGUCCAGAAAUCGUUUUAAAUAGCUCUGCAGUAUAAAAUGGCACCAGAAAUAGAGUUGUCCACUAAAAUUUUGGUGACUGAAAUAGCAAAAAUAAUUUGACUGAAACGGUGAUGUUUCAUGGGCUUUCAAGCUACGUUCACACUGCAAGCCUUAAGCCCGAGACAUACUGAACGAUUUUAGCAAUCCUAUAAGAUUAUUGCAUGUCACACUGCAACAUUGGUCUUAUCACGCAGCAUACCCGGUUUAAAAAAGUCGCCACACA